AUGCUAACCACCAGGCGACCGGCCAGGCGAGCGGCGUUGCGAGCGGCCAGGCGGGCCGGCGCUCAGGGCCAGCGUUCAGGCCCGGCGCUCAGACCCGACGCUCAGAGCCGACGCUCAGAGCCGUCGCUCACACCCGGCGCUCAGAACCGUCGCUCAGAGCCGGCGCUCAGAGCCGUUGCUCAAAGCCGGCGCUCAAAGGCGAGCGGCCAGCCGAGCGGCCAGGCGAGCGACCAGGCGAGCGGCCAGGCGAGCGGCAAGCCUAACAGCCAGCCGAGUGGCAAGGCCAGUGGCCAGGCGAACGGCCAGGCGAACGGCGAGGCGAGCGGCCAGGCGAGCGGCCAGGCAAGCGGCAAUGCAAGCGGCCAGGCGAGCGGCCGGGCAAGCCGGCGCUCAGAGCCGGCGCAGAGAGCCGGUGCUCACAGCCGGCGCUCAGAGCCGGCGCUACCAGCCGGCGCUCAGAGCCAGCGCUCAAAGCCGAGCGCCCAGGCGAGCGGCCAAGCGAGAGGCCAGGCGAGCGGCCAGGUGAGCGGCCAGGCGAGCUGCCAGGCGCUCAGAGCCGACGCUCAGAACCGGCGCUCAGAGCCGGCGCUCAGAGCCGUCGCUCAGAGCCGCACUCAGAGGCGAGCGGUCAGCCGAGCAGCCAGAGCCGGAACUGAGCGCCGGCGCUCAGAGCCUGCGCUAAGAGCCGGCGCUCAAAGCCGAGCGGCCAGCAGAGCAGCCAGGCAGGCGGCCAGGCGAGAGGCCAGACGAGCGGCCAGGGGAGCGGCCAGAGCCGGCGCCAGAGCCGGCUCAGAGCCGGCUCUGAGCGCCGGCUUUGAGCGGCCAGGCGAGCGGCCAGGCGAGCCAGCGCUCAGAGCCUGCGCUCAGAGCCUGCGCUCAAAUCCAGUGCUCAAAGCCGGCACUCAAAGCCUAACGGCGAGCCGAGUGGCAAGGCGAGUGGCCAGGCGAGCGACCGGCUCUAAACUCCGGCUCAGAGUCGGCGCUCAGAGCCGGCGCUCAGAGCCGGCGCUCAAAGCCGAGCGGCCAGCCGAGCGGCCAAGCGAGAGGCCAGGCGAGCAGCCAGGCGAGCGGCCAGUCGAGCGGCAAGGUGAGCGACCAGGUGAACGACCAGGCGAGCGGCCAGGCGAGCGGCCAGGCGAGCGGCAAGGCGACCAGCCAGGCGAGCAGGCAGGCGAGCGGCCAGGCGAGCCGGUGCUCAGACCCGGCGCUCAGAGCCGACGCUCAGAGCCUGCGCUCAAAGCCGGCGCUCAAAGCCUAACGCCGGCCGAGCGGCAAGGCGAGUGGCCAGGCGAGCGGCCAGGCGAUCGGCCAAGCGAGCAGCCAGGUGAGCAGGCAGGCGAGCGGCCAGGCGAGCGGCCAGGCGAGCCGGCGCUCAGAGCCGGAGCUGAGCGCCGGCGCUCAGAGCCGGCGCUCAGAGCCCGCGUUUAG